AAUGAAAAAUGUCAAUGAAUCGACAAAGAAGAAGUGGAGAGUGACCGUCUUGGACUUGUGGCGAUUAUUAUUUUCAAUUUCACACCAUUUUCUCAUAAAACGCCCAUUCGUUGAGCACAAAUCAGCAAAACAAUCGGCGGUCCAUCCGUUUUUGUAUUUCGCUGUUUCGUUGCCGCCGUCGGGAUCUUUGGAAUCAACGAAGUUUGACCCUCGGUUGCUGCGUCGUCCUCUCACAGCACUCCGAUAGUGGUUUCGAGAAAGAACGAUAGACGAACUGUGAAAAAAUAUUAAAAGUUUGCAAAGUUCCAUCGCUCCGCAGACGACAAGAUGAGUUUCCUGUUUCGUUCCAGUAAAACUUUCAAACCGAAGAAGAAUAUUCCCGAGGGCACCCAUCAGUAUGAUUUAAUGAAACAUGCCGCUGCCACGCUAGGAUCGGGCAACCUACGUAAUGCCGUACAGCUACCGGACGGAGAAGAUCUCAACGAGUGGGUCGCUGUAAACACUGUGGACUUUUUCAACCAGAUCAACAUGCUGUACGGAACGAUUACGGAGUUUUGCACUGAAGACUCGUGCAGUAUCAUGUCCGCGGGGCCGAAGUACGAGUACCACUGGGCGGAUGGCCAAACGGUGAAGAAACCGAUCAAGUGCAGUGCGCCCAAGUACAUCGACUACCUGAUGACAUGGGUGCAGGAUCAGCUGGACGACGAAACGCUGUUCCCGUCAAAGAUUGGCGUUCCCUUUCCGAAAAACUUCAUUCAAAUUGCGAAAACGAUUCUGAAGCGACUGUUCCGGGUGUACGCCCACAUUUAUCAUCAGCACUUUUCCGAGGUAGUUCGGCUGAGCGAAGAGGCCCACUUGAACACGUCGUUCAAGCAUUUUAUUUAUUUUGUACAGGAGUUCAAUCUCAUUGAUCGGAGAGAACUCGCCCCACUGCAGGAUCUGAUUGAUAAACUAAUCACGAAAGAUGGCCGAUAAGUCGACCGCAAAGCCGCGAGCUAACAUCAUGAACAUCAGAAUAUUGUUUUUAAUUAGCGAUAUCACCCAAACGAUAUACUGUAAUAUUUUACAUGGUUUUUACAAUCAUCUACUCAUUUCUCGACUCAACAGAAAUAUUUCCUAUGUUUGUACGUUGGUUCGCGAAAGAAUUAAGCACUUCGUCCACUAUUUCACAUUUAUGUUUAGUUAUUUAAUGUGUUAUUUUUAGUUUACGAUACUUUUAAAGCGAUUAAAAAAAUGUUAUUUUGUGAAUAUGCGAAACAAAAACCCUUUGAGCAAGAUACACAGCAACAAUUCACAAUACAUUUGUAAAUAUUUAUUUGAGACAACGUACACGAGAUCAGCCCGGCUAAGAGGAGAACUUACUUUGAAAGUAAAGCAACAGUUCACGCUCACGCGCGCAAUGCAAUAACAACAGGGUGCCGUCAUGGUGUCAGUCCAAUUCAUUUCGUCAUGCGUCUAUUUUGAUUAAACUCUCAAAUCUCAAACCUUUGCAACUCAUGCUUCUUUGCUCGAGGUGUAGUCUGCCUGCGGUAGUAGUAAUAGCAUUUUCAGUAGCAUUUUAGGUUCAAAGCGUUCUGCAAAACGGUUUGCCCUGCCUUGCUAGUGAUCUCACAAUAAUUGCCUAUUUAUUCAUGCUAGAUGGUCUUUGGCAAGUAUCACUGAACCACACAAAUACACCUACAAUAAAUUCUAAAUGCUCCUUACAUGACUGCUAAGAUCACCAACAGAGGCAUUAUUACGAACUAAUAACAGCUACAUUUAUACAAGUGUAAACGAAUCAAAUUGCAUGAUUUGAUGUACGACGACUGAUAAUUAAAUAUGAAAUGGAAUUAUAAAUUUGUAAAAAAUAAAAGCAAAAAAA